CGCUGGAGGCGGAGGGUUACGGGGCGCAGCGCCGCGCCCGCGCAGGCCGUGUGCGAACUGCGGCUCUCGCGGGGACGCGGCCGGUUCUGUGUUCUCGCUGCGCUCCCUCCGCGCGCCGCCUCGCCUCGCUCUCCCCGCACCCUGUGCUCCUUCUUCCCGGCGGGCUGGGGCUGUGUAUUCCUGUCGGCUUCCCUCUCAGCCUGGAGGCUCCCAAUAUGAACGGCAUCGUCUGCGUUGAGAGGCACCAGAUUAUGAUGCACGAUUAUCACAGAAGAAAUUCAUGUCUAUAGCUUUUAAGGACUUUAUUACAUCAUCUUCAAGCCUGAUAGUUUUGGAAUCUGUAUUGCAGCUGCAAAGACACAUCUGUUUUUGCAUUUCAACAAACAUCUUCCCUGUCAGAAGAUACUGAAACUGAAGCAUUCUCUUUAACACGGUCACACCAUUGGAUUAUUUUAAGAUCUCUCAGUCAAAAAAUUACAGUAAUAUAUUUACUAGACCAAUACCAAAAUGAUUCCUAAUGGGUAUUUGAUGUUUGAAGAUGAAAACUUCAUCGAGUCAUCUGUUGCCAAACUAAAUGCCUUACGUAAAAGUGGCCAGUUCUGCGAUGUCCGUCUCCAGGUAUGUGGACAUGAGAUGUUGGCACACCGAGCUGUGCUGGCUUGCUGCAGCCCCUAUCUGUUUGAAAUCUUCAAUAGCGAUAGCGACUCCCAUGGAAUUUCCCACGUUAAAUUCGAUGAUCUCAAUCCAGAGGCUGUGGAAGUUCUGUUGAAUUAUGCCUAUACUGCUCAGUUAAAAGCUGAUAAAGAACUGGUGAAAGAUGUGUACUCUGCAGCUAAGAAGUUGAAGAUGGAGAGAGUUAAGCAGGUUUGUGGUGACUAUUUGCUGUCUAAGAUGGAUAUUCAGAGCUGCAUCUCUUACCGAAACUUUGCAAGCUGUAUGGGAGACUCACGUCUGUUGAACAAGAUCGAUGGCUACAUUCAGGAACACCUUUUACAGAUUUCAGAACAGGAAGAAUUUCUCAAGCUUCCAAGGUUAAAGCUCGAAGUAAUGCUGGAAGACAAUGUUGGCCUUCCCAGCAAUGGCAAAUUGUACACAAAGGUAAUCAACUGGGUCCAGCGCAGCAUCUGGGAGAAUGGAGACAGCCUGGAAGAUCUGAUGGAAGAGGUUCAAACGCUGUACUACUCAGCUGAUCACAAGCUGCUUGAUGGAAAUCUGCUAGAUGGACAGGCUGAGGUGUAUGGCAGUGAUGAUGACCACAUUCAGUUUGUACAGAAGAAGCCACCACGUGAGAAUGAUCACAAGCAGAUUAGUAGCAGCUCCUCUGGAAGUCUUUCUCCAAAUGCUACUGGUCAGAGUCCUAAACACGAGUGGAAAAUCAUUGCUUCAGAGAAGACUUCGAGUAACACUUACCUGUGUCUCGCUGUUCUGGAUGGUGUGCUGUGCGUGAUCUUCCUGCAUGGCCGCAACAGCCCUCAGAGCUCCCCCACAAGCACACCGCGCCUGCUGAAGAGCCUGAGCUUUGAGCUGCAGCCCAACGAUGUGAUUGAGAAGGCCAUGUCUCCCAUGCAGUACGCCCGCUCCGGCCUGGGCACGGCUGAGCUCAACGGCAAGCUCAUCGCCGCAGGUGGCUAUAACAGAGAGGAGUGUUUGCGCACGGUGGAGUGCUACGAUCCGCAGAAGGACACGUGGACUUUCAUUGCGCCAAUGAGAACGCCCCGAGCUCGGUUCCAGAUGGCAGUUUUAAUGGGGCAGCUGUAUGUUGUGGGUGGGUCAAAUGGUCACUCGGAUGACUUGAGCUGUGGAGAAAUGUAUGAGCCAGAAAUAGAUGACUGGACCCCUGUACCUGAGCUGAGAACCAAUCGCUGCAAUGCAGGAGUAUGUGCCCUGAACGGAAAUCUGUACAUCGUUGGUGGUUCAGAUCCUUAUGGCCAAAAAGGCCUGAAGAACUGUGACGUGUUCGAUCCUGUAACAAAAUCUUGGACAAGCUGUGCUCCGCUUAACAUCCGGAGACACCAGUCUGCGGUGUGUGAGCUGGGGGGAUACCUGUACAUCAUUGGAGGGGCGGAGUCGUGGAACUGCCUGAGCAGUGUGGAGCGCUACAACCCCGAGAACAACACCUGGACCCUGCUGGCGCCCAUGAACGUGGCUCGGCGGGGCGCGGGGGUGGCCGUCCGCGACGGAAAACUCUUUGUGGGAGGAGGCUUCGACGGCUCCCACGCCGUGAGCUGCGUGGAGAUGUACGACCCUGCCAGGAACGAGUGGAAGAUGAUGGGCAGCAUGACCACCCCCAGGAGCAACGCUGGCAUCACGACGGUGGCCAACACCAUUUACGCCGUUGGGGGCUUUGAUGGCAAUGAGUUCUUGAACACGGUGGAGGUCUACAACCCCGAGUCCAACGAGUGGAGCCCCUACACCAAAAUUUACAAGUUUUAAGUAAAUUCUCUUUUCAAACUAACAGGCUUAGUGAUGUAAUUGUGUUUUAGUAGAGUACAUGUGUGAAUAGGGUUGGGGAGGGCAUAGACGUUGCCAACAGCAACACAGAGCUUUUGCAUAUUGCAUAUUAAUGUGCUGUACAUAUUUGUUUUGGAAAGAAUACCAAGAUGAAAGGGGUUUUGUGUAUUUUAGAACUUUGGUUUUUGGGGUGUUUUUGGGUUUUUGCAGAUAAUGCAAGAGAAACUAGACUGGGCAUAUCAUUUCAGGAGCUUCCCCCAGUGUCUGUUUUGUUACUUUGCACACAAGGUGACUUUUCCUGUGAGAUGUAUCCUUGGGGCAGGAAGUGUAAUGGUGAUGGGGGAUCAUGGUUUUCUCUUUGUUUUUUCAUCAGGCCUUGUUUUCCUUCAGUAACUGGAACAAUCUGUAACAAGAAGCCUUAUUUAAAUAGAUAUAAUGGCUAUUUUUUUUAUUAAAGAAGCUGACAUGCCUGCCAAUACCUUAUCUUUUAUGAUUGCCUUUUUAUAACAGUUUUUAUAUACUCAGCAGAGUAUUUUAUCUGUUGAAAUUAAAACAGCAGGUAACUGGUUAAUGAAGCCAAGAGCCGACCUUGGAGUUGGGAGACAGAGGAGAAGCCGUUGAGCAGGGCCCUGAGCUGCAGCCAGGGGUGCCUCUGGCUGCAGCCCAGCCCGCCCAGCACCGUGCAGCUUCUGGACACAACAUGGCUGUGACUGUGGGAGUGGGGGAUGACACAAGGAUGGCUUUGGGCUCCGACUCUUGACAAAAACACAGAGGGUGCUUUCUGGGCAGUGGUUUUGUUACUGGGGCUGAGCUAACCUUUGUAAAACAAAAACCAGCGCGGGGCUUUUCUCAUGGUUUUUAAACUCUUUGCCAGUUGGUAACAAAAUUGUACUCAUCUGAUUAGUAACUGUCUUUAUUUUUCUAAUCUUGCAAGCUCAAAGUGUGAUAGAACACAAAUAACUUGAUCUUGUAUGUGCUCAUAGUCCUAUGUUUGAGUUCACUUCCUCUAUUUGUAUGGAUAAAGCGUGGGUUAGGAUGACUUGGUGUCUAAUGUGUAGUGCUGCACAUGUAACUCCUGUGCCAAACCCAGCACUGCCUGCUUGCUGCUGAUGCAAACACAUUAAAGGUACCUUUUGGGAAAUCCUUGCACCAGG